GCCGGCCUGGGGAGUGCGUAAAGUGGGAGCCGGAGAGGUAGCUGUCCUGGAUCCCUAAUUCGACGUCGCCCGCCCUCCUCCCCUGAUCGGCGCCCAUCACCAUCUUUCCCCGAUCCUGGCUCCCAACAGGUGCUCCUCCUCCUUUCCUCUACCUCUCCAUCCCUCCCUCCCACCUCUUCCCAUCGGCUCCCCCCUCUCUCUCUCUCUGUGUCUCGCCGCCAAACACUGCACCCCCGAGCCAUGUCACGGCCCGUAGGCGGGAACUCCUCCUCCUCCUCUUCUCUCUCUCUCUCUCUCUCUCUCUCUCUCUCUGUGGCUCCUCUCUCUCCCUCCUCCGGUCCGGCGGAAGCCACGACCUCGUUCCGGAGACCCAAAAUCCACCCCUCCCCCCCCCCCCCCCCCCCCCCUCUCUCUCUCUCUCCCCGUGUAUUUGUGGGGAGCGGUUCGUGUGGGGCCCGGGCCCUUCCAUUUUUCGCCGGGCUGGACUCGGGCUUCAGACUUUGAUGCCGGAGGCAGGGCGGGAUCCAGGGCAACCAGGCCCGGCCUGUCAGAUGCUCUAGUGUUCGGUUUUAGGAUUCGGAUUCUUCUAACAGCCGAUCCGUUUCUUUCUUCCCAACUGCGUCUUGGUUACUCCUACUAAGAACCGGAUUCUUGGUGAUUAGUUGAAAGGAUGGGAGAGGAUUCGCGCCCUCGAGGAGAUGGAAUGGAGCUUUUGCAGCAAUUCGAACUUAUUCUGGAACGCGACAGUCUCAUCAAUGAAAUAGGCUUUGUACAUCCAUCCCAGUUUGCAUCAUUGAAUGAGGAUCUAGGUGGUUCGCUACCCCAAUCAACCAACAUCGUUCAAUCCCCAGAUGGAAUCAUGGAUCCAGAUAUAUCAGAGUUUGGCGUAAUCCAAUAUGACAAGACAGCUUUCUGGAACUACAAUCAUAAGUUGGCCAUCUCAAUUCAGGUGUUACCUCAACUAUAUAGUGCUGCUCUGCAUGCAUAUAAGGAUGUAACCAGAAGUUAUAAAGGGUCUAUCAACUUGUCUCUGAAUCUAGAUGCUCCUGAGGAUACAGCUGCCCUGGCAAAUUCCAGUCAUUUGCUUGAAAAUGAGAUACUAAAGCACACCAGGGCUCUUUUAAUUCUAAGCUGUGACUUUGGCAGUGCAUGGAAUUCCAGGAAGCUAGUACUUUCAAGGAAAUAUAAGUUGUCAUUAUUUAUGGAUGAGCUCGAGCUAUCCUCGCUCAUUCUCUCAUAUUCACCAAAAAGUGAAUAUGCCUGGAGUCAUAGGAGGUGGGUGAUCAAGAAGGUUGCAGAUAAUUUUCAAAAAUUGCAGGAGAUUGUAGAAGAAGAAUCUGAGCUUGUGAAGAAAAUAGGAGAGAGAUCAAAAAUGAACUAUCGUGCAUGGAAUCAUCGUUGCUGGCUUACUUUUUACAUGACAAGAGCGCAGGUUCUUGACGAGCUGUACAAAUCGAGAAAAUGGGCUGAAUUGCAUGUUGCUGAUAACUGCUGCUUCCAUUAUCGUAGGCGCUUGAUGCUUAGAUUGCUGGAAGAUAGUCUUUUUAAACAAGAUGUGGGAGACUCUCUUGAUCACAAGUCUGAAGUUGCGUUUGGAUGGGUGGAAGAGCUCAAGUGGAAUGAGAUGCUUAUUAAACGCUAUGUGGGGAGAGAGGCCUUGUGGGUUCAUCGGCGGUUCCUAUCUCAGUGUUGGGUUAAGCACUUUGCCACAGACCAAGAAGCACUUGCCCAUGUUUCAGAAGAUCAUUAUGACAAAAGCACUGCCUUGGAUCUUUUUCUGAGCAAAGAGCUGCAACUAUUGCAUGCCUGCUUGGAUGUCUCAGCUGAUGGAUUUGAGGACCCUCAAAUUCAAGCUCAGCAUGCAGUGUCUUACAUUCUAUGGAUGUCAAAGCAAAUUCCACUGCUUGAGAAGUGUUGGCUUCAAGAGAGGUUGAGAGAGGUGGGAGACCUCAAGGUCAUAUUUAGGAGGACAAGCCUGGAGAGGUCCUUACUUUGGGAAAGUUUACUAAAUUGACUGCCAAAAGCAGGAAAGCUGUACAGAUGGUAGCUGCUUUGAGUGGUGUUAACUCUAUGAUUUUGUGCAUACUGCCCCUCCAACUAUUAUACAUCAUUUGUAUGGUAUCUUCAGUCAAUCAGAUGCAUGCUAAUUAUUGGAUCAGUUCUUGCUUGUGCCUUUGGGUCUCGAGGAACCUGAUGAGCAAGAUCCAGCUCAUCACUCCAGAAAGAUUGUCGAUGGCAGAUAAUUAUCCAAAAUCGUAUACUGGCUUUCAUGUUUUACCAUCCUAUUCAUAGUAUCUGAUAUCUAACCAGGAUGCUGGCAUUAUCAUAUUUAUUCAUAGUGUGUGCUUCAAUUUGUUGUUUCAAAAAUCAGUAUUUUCUCUUCGCGACAGAAAAUAAAGAAGAUUCUCUCUCUAUUAUUUCAUUGCUAGAA